CUGCCAUGAACAAGGCCAGCAGAGCCACCUGAAUCCGUCAAACAAUUAUUAUAUGCAAUUGAAACACCCCCCCCUUAAUCAUUUAUAUCCCUGAUCUCUACAUGUGAUGUGGCCUCCUUGCGUUCAAGAUCCUUACGUAGCUAUGGCGUUCCUGCUCAAUGCCUUUAUCCGAAGGUCUCACUCCAGCACCCAUAUAAGACCCUUAGUCUAAUUCAAUUCUUGUUCCUUCUCUCACCGUCAUCACCAUGUCUCUUCUAUCGCCUGACUGCUGGUCAUCGGGCACUGUCCUCCAUGACAGUAACGCCCUAUUCGACGAUUGGUGGUCUUUAUCACAAGAGCUCAAUAUUCCUACCCCUUGGAAUACAUUCGACAAAGGUAAAAUUCCUACCUAUAUCAUGCCCCCAUUUCACUUUCCCCCGUCUCCUUCUGAAACAUGUUCCUCGUUCUCAACCGAUCUAUCACCCUCUCCGGAGCCAGUUACUAUCCGUGUAGUCUGUGACAUUCCUCUCGUAGCACCUCGCCCACUUCCAUAUCACUCCCCCACUUUCCUACAAUUCGAUCUUCCCGAUCCCGACGAAGAUUUGUCACACCCACCCUACACACACAGACCCCCCAAACGAAAACGUGACGACAAAGACGACGGCGACGACGACCAUGACUCGAAACAUCAUCUGCGAUUAAAACGCCGCCAUGCUGGCGUACAACGCUGGGCAGCCGGUGUCCACCGCCAAGCUUACACCGGCAGUUUAGCCACACAGGGCCGUUCUCACGUAUAUACGGCCACCCGGCGUGAUCGCUUACGAUGAUGAUUGCCCAUCUUUAGGGGCAUGCUUCUCCGGUUCAUAUUAACACCUCCUUCCCGUGCGGAUUUUGCGUUUGUCCAUAUUCGUAUUAUGCCGC